AUGGCCUCCAACCGAUCCCGGCGUAUCGCAAAGGAAAUAGCCGAUAUUCACGCAGAUGCGCAGUCGGGGAUCACAGCCGAACCAGUAGGCGGCGAUGAAGACCUCACACAUCUACGGGGUACAUUUCCGGGGCCCCCAGGUACCCCAUAUGAGGGUGGUACCUACGCUGUGGAUAUAAAAAUACCAACGGACUAUCCAUUUCGGCCGCCAGUAAUGAAAUUCCAGACCAAGGUCUGGCAUCCAAACAUCAGUAGCCAAACGGGAGCUAUUUGCCUUGAUACUCUGUCGUCCGCUUGGUCCCCCGUUCUCACCAUCAAGUCCGCUCUGUUGUCACUACAGUCUCUGCUUAGCACACCCGAGCCUAAGGACCCUCAAGACGCCGAGGUCGCUACGAUGCUGCUACGGAAACCAAAGGAAUUUGAGAGAGUCGCACAAACCUGGGCUGCCCUGUAUGCUGGGGCUCCUAGCAAGACUGCGGGAGAGGGCAGUGGUGGCGCCACUAACGAGUCGCUGCGACAACAAGAGCUUAAGUCAAAGGAAGAAGAGGAUAAGGAAGACUUGACUAAAUACGAUGGGUACAAUAAGGACUUGAUCGACCGCUUCUGCAGCAUGGGCUUCGAUGUGGACCGUGUAGUGGCUGCCUUCAAGUACUACGGCGUUGAUCGGAUGAACGGAGAAGACUACGAGCUGGAGGAGGCUUACAUGGGUGACAUUACCGCACGGCUACUGGGGCACAUCCCUUCACCCACCAUGAUUGAAGACGAUUUCUACCGCUCCUCAUCCCAGUUCCGACUUUGGUCCUACACAGAGACAUCCUUACAAUCCCUACGCGCAACGACAAACGCAAACGCCAGUGAGCGCGUACGGUCUGCGCUCCGGAAAUCGCGAGAAGCGCAACGAUCAGCCACCUCAUCCGCAGCCGGAACACCAGCAGCAAACCAGAAUGGAAGCGACGCAGACAGUAAAGCCGGCGGCGAUGAGACGGAGAUCGAGUGCCUAACACCCGAAGAAGAGCACCAGCUGGUGCGAUACUUCUGCGAACAGAUCAUAGAGCUGGGGGAGAUGUACAAACCCCCACUUCCAACAAUAGUCCGGGCCACAGCAAUCCAAUACCUCCGACGCUUCUACCUAACCAACUCCCCAAUGACCUACCACCCGAAAUCCAUCAUGCUCUGCGCGCUCUUCCUCGCCACAAAAACAGACAACUACUACCUCUCCCUCCGCCAAUUCGCAGAAGUCAUCCCCGGCGGCACAACACCGGAAGACUUAAUCCAGCCCGAAUUCUUGGUUAUGCAAAGCCUCCGCUUCACCUUCGACGUCCGUCACCCCUUCCGCGGCCUCGAAGGCGGCAUCAUGGAACUCCAAGCCAUAGCCCAAGGCAUGGGCCAACCAGCCCCCCACUUCCCAACCCAGACACCAGACGACCUCAAACGCAGACUCCAUUCCCUGCCCCCAUCGCCAACAACAUCCUCAUCCUCCACCACAGACCGACUCGCCCGCGCGCACCACAGCACCCGCGAGACCCUCAAAUCCGCGGCCCAAAUGACAGAUGCUUAUUUCCUCUACACGCCGUCCCAGAUCUGGCUCGCUGCACUCAUGAUUGCGGACAAGCCGUUGGCGGAAUUUUACCUCGAGACUAAGCUGGGCGGACCCCAGGAGCAGCAACAAGGAUCCCCGCUUUACGAGCUGCGGACGAAGCUCCUCCGCAUCUUGACCAACUGUUCUGACCUCCUCCAGGCGUAUAAACCCCUCGCCUCAGAUCCAGACCAGAAGAAAAACCUACGACGCAUCCGGAAGAAACUCUCCCACUGCCAGAACCCGGAGAAGGCUGGCGUAGCGGGUCAGAAGCGUAUCCCUGCGGCGGCGGCUGCAGCAGUCGCAGCGGCUGGGGAUCCGGCGACCUCUGAGAGUGAAAUGGAGCGUCUGUCAAAGAAGCGGAAAUUGGACGGGGGGCGGCCGAACGAUAUAUUUGGAGGUGAAUUAGUGACGCAACGAACGAAGGAGGCAUAA